GUUCGCAAACCCUCCUGUUGAUGUCCCGAAAGAGGUCGACAACCUUGGUGUUAGCGUGAAGGCUGAUCUCGUUCUGGCUGUUAUCCACCACCCUCGACAACCCACCCAAAAAAGAUAGGACGGUAGAGAUCAUUCAAGAUGGGUGCCUACAAGUACAUUGCCGAGUUGUACCACAAGAAGCAGAGCGACGUCAUGUUGUUCUUGCAACGUGUCCGAUGCUGGGAGUACAGGCAGCUGCCUGUUAUCCACAGGGCUUCUAGGCCCUCGAGGCCCGACAAGGCCAGGAGGUUGGGAUACAAGGCCAAGCAGGGAUUCGUCAUCUACCGAAUCAGGGUCAGGAGGGGAAACAGGAAGAGGCCCGCUCCCAAGGGUGCUACCUACGGUAAGCCCGUUAGGCAGGGUAUCAACCACCUCAAGUUCCAGCGAGGUCUCCAGGCCACCGCCGAGGAGCGAGUCGGUCGACGAUGCGCCAACUUGAGGGUCUUGAACUCUUACUGGAUCAACCAGGACGGAGUCUACAAGUACUACGAGGUCAUCCUCGUCGACCCCCAGCACAAGGCCAUCCGACGAGAUGCCCGAAUCAACUGGAUCGCCAACCCCGUUCACAAGCACAGGGAGGCUCGUGGUCUCACCGCCGAGGGAAAGAGGAACAGGGGUCUCGGAAAGGGCCACAAGCACAACCACAACUACGCCACCUGGAAGAGGCACAACACCCUCUCCCUCCGACGAUACCGAUAAACGUAUCGCACGGUCUGGCUCUGUCGAUGGGUUUCUGGAACCGUCUCUCGCUGGCUGUCACGAGGAUCACCGGGAGGGCAGACGGGAAAGGAGGUCGAUACGAUGGGGUUGGUGUGGGAUCGGGUUGGAUUGGUUGUCUACUUUACGCCUAGUCCAUCAUGUCGGGAUUCGAACGAUGAAUCGAUUCUGGCUCUAGCAUUUGCGGUCUUGCGUUACAUGUCGUGGUGCAGUGAUGGUUGCGGGCUGCAUUUUAAGCAGUGAAUGAUACUUUGGACUGGGAAGUGAUCGACGCAUUUGCUUCCGAUCACGUCACCCUGCGAACCUCCACAUCAUCGUUGAUGGUCAUUAGCUGCUCGCUGCUCGCUGCUCGUGACCCUUUCAA